AAAAAGGAGAUGGUUUUGGAGCUUUUCCAACGUCCUGGCUUUUUUUAGUGGACACACCGAGUCCGAAUAUUUUCAUUUUUUCACCUCUCUCACCCACCCUCCCGCUCCUGCUCCACUACCGUCGUCGCCGUUGUUGUCGCUGUCGUCCUCGCCACCGUCACUUUUCCUUCGCAGCCGCUGCCUGCCGAUCAACGAAUCCUCGCUUUGGAUCUUCAUUGCUGGAAUUUCAACUGCUUCGCUUUCUUUACUUUCACGCUUUCACUAUUCCUUCUCUCUAAACCGAGUGUUUCCUCUUUUCUACCUCAUAUCUGAUACCUCCUCCUCCAAGCUGCAUUUCUAUUUCCUGGAAUGGACCGACGAGGUUGGCCCUGGAAGAAGAAAUCAUCUGAGAAGACAGCAGAGAAGGCUAAUGCAUCAGAGUCGGCUGGAAGUCAGGGUGAUCAGGAUGGCUUUAAAAAGCCAAGUUAUGUACAAAUCUCUGUUGAGUCGUAUUCACAUCUUACUGGUUUGGAGGAUCAAGUAAAAACACGCGAUCAACAAAUCCAGACACUGGAGGAUGAGAUUAAAGAGCUCAAUGAGAAACUGUCAGCUGCACAGUCAGAGAUGACUACAAAGGACAACCUAGUGAAACAGCAUGCUAAAGUUGCUGAAGAAGCUGUUUCAGGUUGGGAGAAAGCUGAAGCAGAAGCUCUGGCAUUAAAAAACCAUUUAGAGACUGUGACACUGUCCAAGCUCACUGCUGAAGAUCGGGCAUCACAUUUGGAUGGUGCUCUGAAGGAAUGCAUGAGACAGAUAAGAAAUUUGAAAGAAGAACAUGAACAUAAAUUGCAAGACGUUAUUUUCACCAAGACUAAGCAGUGGGACAAAGUUAAACUUGAGUUGGAAUCGAAAAUGGCAGACUUAGACCAAGAACUUCUUAGGUCUGCUGCUGAGAGUGCUGCACUUUCAAGGUCAUUACAAGAACGUUCCAACAUGCUUAUUAAAAUAAGUGAAGAAAAGUCACAAGCUGAGGCUGAGAUUGAGUUGCUGAAGGGCAACAUUGAAUCUUGUGAAAGAGAAAUAAAUUCACUUAAAUAUGAAUUACAUAUAGUUUCCAAGGAGCUAGAAAUUCGUAAUGAAGAAAAGAAUAUGAGUAUGAGGUCUGCUGAAGCAGUCAACAAGCAACACCUGGAAGGUGUCAAGAAAAUAACAAAACUGGAAGCAGAAUGUCAAAGAUUACGCGGUCUUGUCCGGAAGAAAUUGCCCGGUCCUGCUGCACUUGCUCAAAUGAAGCUAGAGGUUGAAAGUUUAGGCAGGGAAUAUGGAGACACUCGAGUAAGGAAGUCACCUAGUAGGCCUCCAACUCCACAUAUGUUAUCUGUGCCUGACUUUUCCCUUGAUAAUGCACUAAAAUUCCAAAAGGAGAAUGAGUUCCUCACAGAACGAAUGUUAGCCAUGGAGGAGGAAACAAAGAUGCUUAAAGAGGCUUUGGCAAAGCGUAAUAGUGAAUUGCAGACUUCCAGGAGUAUGUGUGCCAAGACAGCUAGUAAGCUUCAAAAUUUGGAGGCACAACUCCAAAAUGGCAAUCACCAAAGAAGCUCCCCAAAGUCUGUUGUUCAGUACACUGCCGAUGGCUUUUCAUGCCAAAACACCAGCCAUCCUCCCAGCUUGACUUCUAUGUCUGAAGAUGGAAAUGAGGAUGGCCAGAGUUGUGCAGAUUCUUUAUCCAUAGCGGCAACCUCUGACAUUUCCCAAUUCAGGGAGAAGAGAAAUGAGAAAUUAAGUAAAACUGAAAGUGGAAGUCACUUGGGGCUCAUGGAUGAUUUUCUGGAAAUGGAAAAAUUGGCAUGCCAAUCAAAUGAGCCAAACGAAGCCAUCCUUGCUUCAGAUAGUUCAAACUUUAAGGCCUCUGAAGUUGUGCACCAGGAGUCCAAUGGUAUCCAGUCGGAACAGCUUCUAGUUUCAAGUCCAUCUACAGAUGUUGUAUCUUCUAGUGUCGAUCUGUCAACAGAGUGCACUGAUUCCGAUGGAUUGCCUCUGUUGAAACUCCGAUCAAGAAUAUCUAUGAUUUUUGAGUCUAUUUCAAAGGAUGCGGAUACUGGGAAAAUUUUGGAGGAUAUUAAAUGCAUUGUGCAGGAUGCUCAUGAUGCACUUCAGCAACCCACAAUCAGUUGUUUGAGUUGUGUUUCUGAAGUGCAAUCCCCUGAUACGACAUGUGACAGGCAAGCCAAUCCUGAUGAUGCUGGGUUAGGAGUAGAAAGAGAAAUUGCUUUAUCCAAGCUUGCUACACACAAUCAGCCUAUGAGCCAAGAGCUGGAAGCUGCCAUCACACAAAUUCAUGAAUUCGUUAUGUUCCUUGGGAAAGAAGCUUCCAGAGUUCAUGAUACAGUAUCUCCAGAUGGGAAUGGACUGGGUCAAAAAGUUGAGGAAUUCUCAGCCACUUUUAGUAAAAUUGUGCAUGCAAACACUAGUUUGGUGGACUUUGUUAUUAUUCUGUCUCAUGUUUUAUCUGAAGCCAGUGAGCUCAGAUUUAGUUUCAUUGGAUGCAAGGAUUCUGAUGGAGAUACUAAUAGUCCUGAUUGCAUUGAUAAGGUUGCUUUACCAGAGCACAAGGUUGUCCAAAAUGACUCACUGGACGAAAGAUAUACAAACGGUUGUUCCCAUAUUUCUAGUCCAACUUCUGAUCUAGAAGUUCCUUAUGAUGGAAAUCUAGUCUCCAGCUAUGAAUCAAAUUCCAGAUUACCCAAAAUCUCAUCAGAGGACAUUGAAGAGCUAAAAUUAGCCAAGGAGAACCUGUCAAAGGACCUAGCAAGAUCUACGGAGGAUCUUGAGGCAACAAAACGUAAACUGCAGGAAACAGAGCAGCUGCUAGCAGAAUCUAGAUCACAGUUGGCUUUUGCUCAAAAGUCAAACAGCUUAUCCGAAACACAGCUGAAAUGUAUGGCAGAGUCAUACAGGUCACUUGAAGCACGUGCAGAGGAUUUGGAAACUGAACUAAAUCUUUUACGAGCUAAAUCUGAAGCUUUGGAGAAUGAUCUUCAAGAUGAGAAGAGGAAUCAUCACGAAGCUUUGUCCAAGUGCCAGGAGCUGCAAGAGCAACUAGAAAGGAAUGAGGUUUGCGCUAUGUGUUCUUCAGCUAUUGAUGCUGAUCCCCAGAAGAGCCAGGAGAUAGAGUUGACUGCUGCUGCAGAGAAGUUGGCAGAAUGUCAAGAAACAAUUUUUCUUCUUAGCAAGCAGUUGAAAUCUCUGCGACCCCAACCGGAUUUUGCUGGAUCUCCAUUCAGCGAGAGAAGUCAUAGAGGUGAAGAGUUUACGGAGGAUGAACCAUCUAAAAGUGGCACCAAUCUUCUGGACCUCGAUCGGUCUGAAAUGGAUACUGCCACUUCUACGAUGACGCCCAUUAUUGGUGCAGAAUCCCCUUGUAGUGCUUCUGAUGGCGAAGGAGGAAGCUUCUUGAGAUCACCUAUCAAUUCAAAACAACCAAAACACAGACCAACCAAGUCAAGCUCCUCUUCCUCCUCCUCUGCUCCAACUCCAGAGAAACAAACUCGAGGCUUUAGUCGAUUCUUCUCCUCGAAAGGAAAGAACAGUCAUUAGGCGUGCUACUCUCUUGCAUGAUGAUAUGAUUCUGUUUAAAAUAUUUCAUUCAAUAAUAUAAAUAGAUUAAAAAAAAAAAAAAACCAAACAUAGACAUCUAAGAUUUUUAGAUGGGAAGUCAGUUUUGGGAGCUCUAUGUCGUAAAAGUUAGCACAUAAAAUGAUGCUUUCAAAGGCCUCUUCUAGCUUCUGUAUGUACCUAAUGCUGUACAUUAUAUUCACAUCUGUUAAAAUUUUCUUUCUUUUCUUCU